GGGAGGGCGGCGCCGCUUGGUCUCGUGACGCCGAUGGCGGCGGCUGCGCCGCGGCUCCGCCCGUGGCAGUUGCCGGAACUGGCUGGGCGGGGGGAGCGCUCGUGAGCGCCUUGCGCUUCCGGCCGCCGCGCGGAGCCCGGGGCUGCCCGCUGUUUGCAGAAAGAAGAAAGAUGGAAAGUAAUGCAGUUUUGCUAGAAUCAAAGUCCUCACCGAUAAAUCUUCUGAACGAAAUGCAUCAGUUGCGUCUUCUGGGCCACCUUUGUGAUGUGACGGUUAGUGUGGAGUAUCAAGGUGUCAGGGGAGAGUUUGUUGCUCACAAAGCUGUAUUGGCAGCAACAAGCAAGUUCUUCAAGGAGGUGUUUCUUAAUGAGAAGAGCAUGGAUAGCCCAAGGACAAACGUGUUCUUGAAUGAGGUCCAGGUAGCUGAUUUUGCUUCAUUUCUUGAGUUUGUCUAUACUGCCAAGGUAGAAGUGGAGGAAGACCGAGUGCAACGUAUGCUGGAAAUAGCUGAAAAGCUUAAGUGCUUGGACCUGUCUGAAACCUGUUUUCAGCUGAAGAAGCAGAUGCUUGAAUCAGUGUUGUUGGAGUUGCAAAAUUUCUCUGAAUCGCAGGAUGCUGAGGAGGACAGUGGUACCCAAUCAAAUGCUUUACUUGAGUUGAAGACAACUGUUGUGGCAGAAGGUGACCAUAUAGACUGUCUUCCUGAUUCUCCCAAUUCCCCCAUGGAAAGACCCAGCAAUGGAGUGUCUCCUGAGAGGCCAACUGCCAAAUCAAAAGAGAAGGUUGACAAGAAAAAAGAAACCAUGAAGCCUCCCUAUGCCAAAAUCAGAAGGGCCAGUGGGAGGCUGGCUGGGAGGAAAGUAUUUGUAGAAAUCCCCAAAAAGAAGUACACAAGGCGGUUGAGAGAGCAACAGAAGAAUGCCGAGGAUGCUACUGAAGAGAACAAGUUCCCAAAAGACCAAAUCAUGCAUGAUGUGGAGAAGGAACAGGAGCAAGUGGAGAGUAGUGUGAAGCCUGAGAAUGAAGAGUGCAAUGGCAACUUUGAAUUAGAAGACAACUUUAAAAAAUCAGAGGAGGAUAAGAAGAAACGAGGCGGCAACUUCAAAUGCAGCACCUGCAAGAAGGAAUUCCUGUAUGAGAAGAGCUUCCUCAAGCACAUAAAGCACAGUCAUGGCAUUGCGGCUGAAAUCAUUUACCGGUGCGAAACCUGCAGUCAGACCUUUGCCAACCGGUGCAAUUUAAAAAGCCACCAACGCCAUGUCCACACCAGUGAGCGCCACUUCCCUUGUGAACUCUGUGGUAAGAAGUUCAAGAGGAAGAAGGACGUCAAGAGGCACAUUCUUCAGGUUCAUGAGGGUGGUGGGGAGCGUCAUCAGUGCCAACAGUGUGGAAAGGGUUUGAGCUCCAAAACUGCUUUGAGGCUUCAUGAAAGGACGCAUACAGGCGACAAGCCUUAUGGGUGCACAGAGUGUGAGGCUAAAUUUUCUCAGCCUUCUGCACUUAAAACACACAUGAGAAUCCACACUGGUGAAAAACCAUUUGUUUGUGAUGAAUGUGGUGCAAGAUUCACACAGAAUCACAUGCUUAUAUAUCAUAAAAGGUGUCACACAGGGGAAAGGCCUUUUAUGUGUGAAACAUGUGGGAAGAGCUUUGCCUCUAAGGAGUACUUGAAACACCACAAUAGAAUACAUACUGGAUCCAAGCCGUUUAAAUGUGAAGUUUGCUUCAGAACAUUUGCACAGAGGAAUUCGCUUUACCAGCAUAUUAAAGUUCACACGGGUGAACGGCCCUAUUGUUGCGAUCAGUGUGGUAAGCAGUUCACACAGCUCAACGCAUUGCAGCGCCAUCAUCGGAUACACACGGGGGAGAAACCGUUCAUGUGCAAUGCAUGCGGGCGAACGUUCACGGAUAAAUCGACCUUGCGGCGGCACACUUCAAUACAUGAUAAGAAUACACCCUGGAAGUCUUUCCUGGUUAUUGUUGAAGGAGUGUCUAAGAACGAUGAAGGUCACAAGACAGAGCUUCCUGAUGAAGAGUAUCAUGUGUCACCUAAAAUAACAGAGAAGUUGCUGUCUUUUUCUGAAAAUGGCCACUAUCAAAACUUGACUGCUGUCCCAGGGAGUGUGACUGCACUGCAUGACAACAGUUCUCCCAUCGGGACAGACUGUAAAUCGGAUGGGACUGUGGGACCCCAAGAAGCCCUCCUAGCUACCACCUUAAGUGAGCUUACGGUCCUACAUACACAGACAGAUGCUAUUCAGCCACAGCUCCAUGCUCUGGUGAAUAUGGAAUAAUUUGGUAUUGUUCACCAACCCAGCCUAGGCCAUACCUCUAAUAACUUGUGACUUUGCCAGUAACCUAGUGAUGUAAUUAGGAGAAAGCAUAGCUCCUAAAGGAAGAGGGACUAGUCGUGGAUGACAUUCAUGGCAUUUAUCUCCUCCUCACCCUUAGAACACCACCAAUCAGUAAUCUUCAAUUUGCAUAGUCUAGUGGUAGCUCCUUUUCCCGGCUGAUAGUUGUUCUACUUUAUUCAUUUCUUGAUUUUCUGUACCCUUUGUUAUGAACGUGUGAAAUAAUACAGUCACUUCAGAGAGCAGUUAACCUCAAGCAGAGCAUAUGAAGACCUGCCAUUGUUUUAAUCUCUGGAAAUCUGACCAUGCAGUCUCUUCUUCGCUUCCUGCAAAGGUGUGGUAAGCCCUUCUUCCUUUUGUUCGGAUGGCUUGAGUGCAGCUCCCUUAGAAAGGAGGGCCGGUGGGUUUUUUGUUUUGUUUCCAAUUCGAUUCCACAACAUGUGUGAACAAAACAGAAAUAUUGUGUUGCUUCUGGGCCUAACAGUUAAUGGAAUUAAAUACACUUUCCUAGUAAAAGUUCGUAAGUAGAAAAUAAAAUUCUGUUAAAUUUCAUUUCAGGAAGUGUUUUAAUCUUGGCUUUACCAAAGAUUCAAGCAGAAUCAUUUUAGUAUUUGGAAAAACCAAUGGGAACAAGCGUGGGAAAUGCAUGGAGUUGUAUUCCAAUAGUGCUUAUUUUUCCAUAGCAAAAUGGAACUUGUAACCUGUGGGUUGGAAGCAGAUUGUGCUGUUAUAAAAUAGCUCAUGUGCUGUUAUGGAACUCACUCCAAUAAGAAGUGUCAAUUGUGAAUUAGCAGGAUCGCUAAUCUAUUGUUUAGUGAGUUAUUUUAAUAACUAAAGGUAAAUUACUGCUUCAUUGUCACCAACUUUUACACUAAAUUUGCACUCUUAAGCUCUGAUCUUGCAACUGGCUCUACUGGUGCAGAUCUGUAUUGACUAAUGUGGUUCCAUUUAAACACAGGGGUCUCUCCUGAUGGAGUCAUUUGUGGGAUGGGGCUGUGGGGUACAGGUGAUAAGUGGGAUACAUUAAGGCCAUUCAAGUAGUUUCAGACUCCAAAUUUUACUGUUGAAAAGUUUUUACGAAACUUGUAAAGAAAAACAUCUUUGUGGUUAUUUCAAGAUGCCUUUUCUAAGAGUCAGUGUUGGAAAUGCAACCACUGCAGCUUUGGGCUAGUCUGGAAGUGCCCAGGCUGAGGCAAAUGCCAAAAAUAAAUGACAUCAGUGCGGAUGUUUAUAUUUGUUAA